AUGGGUUCGCCCGGGUCCGCCAAUGGCAGACGCGGCGAGUACGUGAGGAUCCCAGAGGAGGUGGAGGUGGCGUCCAAGGGGGAGGGGGAUGCCGCGGCGGCGGAGUGCCCGAGGGUGCUGCGGUGCCACGCGAUCCGGUGGUGUGCCAAGGUCGCCGCGCUGGGGAUCGUCCUUGCUUGGGCCGGAGCUGUUGCGGUCGUCUUCCUCGGCCCGCUCCUUAUCAAGAAGGUUGUUGCACCUAUUCUUUACUGGGAAUCAACAACUUUCAGCAGACCAGCUAUUGCUCUAAUAUGUUUUGGUGCAAUCGCCUUAUUCCGAAGUGUUUUGUUACCUUCUUCGCCCUUCAUGUGGCUUGCGGGGAUGACUUUUGGGUAUCUUUAUGGCUUUUUUAUAAUCACAGUGGGGAUGAGCAUAGGCAUGUCAUUGCUGUAUUUUAUAGGCUCUGCAUUCCACUGUAGGAUACAUAGAUGGUUGGAGAAGUGGCCAAAGAAAGCAGCUUUUGUAAGGCUUGCUGGCGAAGGAGAUUGGCAUCAUCAAUUUAAGGCUGUUGCAUUACUAAGGAUUUAUCCAUUUCCAUAUAUAGUUUUUAACUAUGCUUCUGUGGCUACGAAUGUCAAAUAUUACCCAUACAUAGCGGGUUCUAUGGCUAGAAUCAUACAUGAAACUUUUCUUGCAAUAUACAGGCUUUCACCGCACUACAGGCUUUCACCUCCGGGUUGUGAGAGGUCGGGUGAUUUGUUGGAGCGGCCGAUGGAGUACAUAUCCCCUGAGAGAAAUCUGGAGGGGACUUGUGGAGAUCCUGGGCCAUUAUUUGGAGACCAAGGUGGCAGCCUGUUGGACCACUUGGGUUAUCAAGGAGGAGGAAUUCCACAACAUGAGUCUCCAACACUGGAUCAUGGACUUUUGGUUGAUCCAGCUGAUGCAAUUCCGUAUUUAUCUACAGAUUCUCCGCCCUUCAUGAAUGAUCAAAUCACUUGCAAUGUUAUUAAAUCUGCUUCAGCUAGUCCAGAAUCUUCGAUGAAACAACCUCAAGAACCUCUUAAUAUAGAAUCUGAUGUACAGAAUGAUGCAGCUGAACAAAAUGUUCACAAUAGUAACUCUGAAGAACAGAUCACUUCUCUGGGCUGUGAUGAACAUCAGAACACAGAAGUGAUUGGUGCAGUGUUGCCUCCAAAGCUUCUUGAAAGCAGUGGUAAUGAUAUAUCAAACUUUCAACCAGAAGCUACAUAUUCUGAUGCCUACCAUGGUGACUCUUUGUUAACUGAAAAUAGUAGUAAGGGUUACCAGCUUAACAAUAGUGGUGCUCCUGCUGAUGAUAUUCCAAACUCUCCUGCGCUUCAGAUGGAAAAUGAGGAGAUGGAAAAGUUACAUGAGACUUCUCACAAUGAAAACAGUGGGUCAGAGGAUGAUCAAAUGAAUGGUAUGAAACCUUGCCCCAUUAAUGGUCGAGACAAUGAGAAGUUUAAUACUUCAGCUGUACCUCCCUCUUGGGAACAGACAGAGCAGAAAAAUCCUAGUACUAGAAAUGGAAGUUCAACUCCAGACAAUCAAUUUGAUUCUCCUCCGGACAGGUUUGCAAGACUGGAAAGGGACACACCAUCUCCGGAUGGGAGAGUAUCCCCGGAAAGGUUUGCAAGACUGGAAAGGGAUACCCCAUCUCCAGAUGGGAGGAUAUCUCCUCCAGUUGAAAGUUCACAUGCCCAUCAUUCUGAGAAGAUGGAGUCACAAUAUCGUGCCAAAGAUGUUGGUGAGUUAGCUCAUUCUGAAAGCCCACCAGUAAGACAUCGGUCCCGAUCUUCUGAAAAACAUGACCCCAGCCGCAAAAGAGCCUCUUCAAGGGAGUUGUCUCCACAUGCGCAACAUAGUUCUCCUGUAGAAAGGAAAAGACGGAGAGAGUCUCAACAUGGUGAUGGGUCGCCUCGACAAAGAUCUGCAUCUCCCCGAAGAAGAUCUGCACCCCCUCGAAGAAGAUCUAUAUCCCCUCGAAGAUCCUCACACAAGAGGAGGGAAUCACCAAGAAGGGGAGACUCACCUAGGAGGAGGCACUCACCUAGGAGGAGGGAGUCACCAAGGAAGAGAGACUCACCAAGGAGGAGAGACUCACCAAGGAGGAGAGAUUCACCAAAGAGGAGGAGGGACUCCCCAAGGAGGAGGGAUAGGUCAAAAUCAAGGUCACCUUCGAGAAAACAUGAUACCUCUAGACAUAGAAAAGAACAUGAUAGAUCUCGGUCCAGGUCUCCCCACUCAAGGGAUCAUCACAGGCGAUCUCCAAGGCAUUCACCAAGGCGCAGAUCACCCCCCACCAGUCAUCGCCAUCGUUCACCAAGAAGACAUUGGUCGCCACCUGCCAACAGGAAGACUGGAUUGGGUAAGCCUGGAAAGAAUCUCUUUAUUGCAGGAUUUAGCUAUGCCACCACUGAGCGAGAUUUGGAGAAGAAAUUUAGCAAGUUUGGACAUGUAACAAGUGCACGUGUUGUUCGUGAUAAACGAACUGGAGAUUCCCGUGGCUUUGGAUUCUUAUCCUUGGAGAAGGAUGAGGAUGCCGAUGCAGCAAUCCGUGCUUGUGACGAGACUGAGUGGAAUGGAAGAAUCAUUCUUGUGGAGAAGUCAAAGGCACCUGCAUGGUGA